AUGGUUAGCAAGACUAGAUCUCAGGGUUCGGUGGAAGAGAUGGAGGAGAUCUCUGAACUGAGAGCUGAACUGGGGGUGAUCAAGAAGGAUAUAGCUGGAUUGAAGGAUUUGAAAACUGAGGUGAGUGAGAUCAAGGGGCUGUUGGUUCGUUUUUGCGAGCAAAAGGAUGCUGAGGUGAGGGGAGAAGUACCUCCUGUGAUUCAUACGGAUACUGCAGGUGCUGGAACUAGUGCAGCACAUCAGGAGAAUGUGAUUAGUGGGAUUGUGCGUGAUGGGGGAGUGGUUCAGGAUGCUGAUCCCUUGGGUCACUGGUGCCACCAAAAUUUCCAGUCGGUAGUCCUGAUGCUGAUCCACCUCCUGCAACAUCUGGAGAAAACAGGGGGGUUAGCUUUGGUUUUUCAAGAGGAGGAGGAAUACCACCAGGCCAUAAUAUGGGAAGACCUCCUGGGUUUCAGUUUCAGCAUGCUCCUGGGGUACAGAUGUUGGAUGCUCAAAGGAAUGUUUAUAUUGAUCCACGUGGAAGUCAUAUGUGAGAAAUUCUAUGAAGUAUCUGGAACUCCACAUGAUCAAUGGGUUAAUUUGGCUCUAGCUCAUCUGUGUGGAAGAGCUGCAACCUGGUUUAGAGGUCAUGGCAGCACUGUCAACCAGUACAUUGAUAGGUUUGAGGAGUGCAUGGAUUUGGUCAGAAGAGAUCACCCUUACCUACAAGAACCAUUUCUAACCAGUUGUUUUAUCGGGGGCCUCCGGGGAGACAUAAAACAUGAUGUUAGUGGACAUAGACCUCAAGGGCUGCUGGAAUCCUAUUGGUAUGCAAAGAAUUAUGAGAAAGCUGCCUUAGCUAGGAGAAAAUUUUCAGCUGGGAGCUAUAACAGGAGUAGACCACCUGAAAAACCAAAUACUUUUAAGGUGGCAGCAAGGACAGAGCCAACUAGAGACAAAGAAGGGAAGAAGUGUUGGUAUUGUAAGGAACCUUGGGAUCCAAAACACCAAUGCAAGAUUAAGAAAGUUGUGUAUGCUUUAUUAAUGGAGCCAACAGAGGAUGAAGAAGUAGAAGCUUCCGAGGAAGAUGAGAAGGAAGCCGACUACAAAUCUGCUCAUGGCAGCCCUGCAAAAGAUCAGAAUCAGGAGAAGGAAGAACUGAUGUUGAUCUCACAUACUGCAAUAUAUGGGACUUCUAGACCUGACACAUUUGCUGUGUUGAUAAAUAUACAAGGAAAAAGGGCAGUUGGAUUGGUGGAUAGUGGAAGCACUGGAACGUUCAUGGAUCAUGAUUUUGCACACAAAAGUGGAUGUAAGAUGGUUCCCAGCGCAGCUAAGAAGGUUACAAUAGCUGGAGGGGGAGAGUUGCUCAGUGACUUGCAAGUACCUGAAACUAAUUAUACUAUACAACAAGAGAAAUUUUGUAACAAAUUCAACUUGAUUCCUCUGAAGGGGUAUGAUGUGAUAUUGGGAGCUGAUUGGAUAUACCAACACAGUCCAAUUGAGUUGGACUUAAAACAAAGAAGUUUGAGCAUUACUAAAUGUGGUAAGAUGAUGGUAAUCCAGGACUUUACCAAACCUGGGAAACAUUGGACAGCUCAGGGAAAAAGUGCUGGAAAAUUAUGGAGGAAAGGGGAGGUUGGCUGCAUGAUUCAGAUUCAUUUAAUAUCUGAGCAGUCACAAGGGAAUUCCAAACAGAUGAGCAUACCAACAGAAAUUGAGAAGUUGUUGCUGAAUUUUCCAGAGGUGGUUCAAGAACCAAAAGGGCUUCCACCAAAGAGGGAAUGCGAUCAUUCUAUUCACCUAAAAGCAGGAGCUGAACCACCUAAUUUGAGGCCAUAUAGAGUACCUCACUAUCAGAAAGAAUCCAUGGAGAAUAUUAUUUCAGAACUGUUGCAGUCUGAGGAGAUUCAGCCCAGUCUAAGCCCAUAUGCUUCUCCUGCUGUGAUGGUCAGAAAGAAAGAUGGGUCGUGGAGGUUGUGUGUGGAUUACAGACAACUUAAUGCUCAAACAAUCAAGAACAAAUUUCCAAUGCCUAUCACUGAGGAUCUGAUUGGGGAACUAAGUGGUGCAGUGGUUUUCACCAAAUUGGACCUGAGGUCAGGGUAUCACCAAAUUAGGAUGGAUGAAAAGGAUAUUCCUAAAACUGCCUUUAAAACUCAUAUGGGUCACUAUGAGUACAGGGUCAUGCCUUUUGGCCUGACAAAUGCUCCAGCCACUUUUCAGGCCCUGAUGAAUCACGUAUUUGCUGAACAUCUCAGGAAGUUUGUCAUUGUGUUCUUUGAUGAUAUUUUGAUAUACAGCAAAAACAUGUCAGAGCACCUGGAACAUCUCAAUAUAGUACUACAAAUCCUGGACAAACAGCAACUCAAAAUCAAACUGAAGAAGUGCACGUUUGCCCAGCCAAGUGUAGCCUAUCUGGGACAUGUAAUAUCCAGUGAAGGGGUGGCUACUAAUCCUGAAAAGAUUGCAGAAAUUUUGAAUUGGCAAGAACCCAAGAAUGUAACCGAACUUAGAAGUUUCCUGGGAAUGACAGGUUACUACAGGAGGUUUAUCAAGGGGUAUGGAGUAAUAUGUAGACCAUUGCAUGAUAUGUUGAAGAAGGAUGGGUUUCAUUGGGGAGAAGAACAAACCCAGGCAUUUGAAUCAUUGAAGACUUGUUUAUGUCACAGUCCUGUUCUAACUCUCCCAAAUUUCAACGAGCCCUUUACUCUGGAAACUGAUGCUAGUGGCAAGGGUAUUGGGGCAGUGCUAAUACAGAAGGGAAACCCAAUAGCUUAUUUCAGCAAAUCUUUAGGGCCUAAGGCUGCAGCUCAGUCCAUUUAUGAGAAGGAGUCUAUUGCAAUUUUAGAAGCACUUAAGCACUGGAGGCAUUAUAUAUUGGGAAACCAGUUGAUAAUCAGGACUGAUCAACAAAGUUUGAAGUAUAUGAUGUCACAAAGGUUGACAGAAGGUAUUCAACAUAAGUUACUCUUGAAACUGUUGGAGUAUGAUUACACCAUUGAGUACAAGAGUGGUAAGGAGAAUAGAGUGGCUGAUGCUCUGUCCAGGAAACCUGGUAUUGCUACUGACAGUAGGGAAGAAUGUUAG